AUGUCAAGCCGUCCUAAUGUACUAGAAUAUUCCAACUGGACUGCAUGUCUUUAUAUGUUUUACUUGUUUGGAGGUUCCAUGAUGUCUGAAAAUGUUCAGAACCGAACCAGGUCGCAAGCGAUUAUUGCGAGAAGAUUCCGCAAUAAUUAA